ACACCACGCAUAAUUCAGUAUUUUACUGAGCCAAAAAGGUUCAAGUUCCUCCACGUUUGAUAAUCAAUGGUAAAGACCCGUGUACCACAUGGUGGAGAGAGGUACUGGACCUAAGUUGUUCACCUUUCAACUCUAGCGACGGUGAGGGUCGGUGAGUGAGAGGUUUUCGGUGUCGAGUAACCCCGCCAUCGUCAUGGCGUUAUCGAUAAGAUUACAACACUGCGAUAACAAUUUUUUCGACUGGCCCAGUUUGAACCCAUCAUUGCGACUCUGCCUUGCCUAAUGAGUCCAGCUCACUCCUCACUCCUCACUCUCAUCACUCGAUUAGAUUCCUUACAACAAAUUCAUGAAAAAUUCAUAAUUCUUUCGUUUAGAACCAUUGCAUUCUUCUUCUGCCAAACAUCACAUUCAUCACCACAAAAUGGCGCCAGCCCGCCCCAACAAGAAGUCAAAAAAGAGAACGCAAAAGAAGCCCGCCAACGCGGCACACAAGCUCGUCGAAGCCGCUACAAAACUGACAGAAGGCGACUUGGAGAGCGCCUACUCGGCUGGCAAGGAGGCCCUCGAUGUAACGGGCGAAGGCGGCGAUUAUGAGCUGGCGGCAUUGAACCUCCUGGGCCAAAUCAGCGUCGAGAUGGGCGAGGUGGACGAGGCGAGGGCGUACUUCUUGCGCGCUGUCGAGCUGGACCCGGAGGGCGCCCUCGACGAGCGCAUAGGCGGCGGGCCGGAAAAAUUCCUCUGGCUCGCGCAGCUCAGCGAGGAGGGAGGACAGGACAGCGUCAACUGGUUCGACAAGGGCGCGCAGUCGCUGCGGGGCCAGAUCCAGGCGCUUGUGGACCUUGACAAGCGCAGCGCCGAGCAGGACUCUGCGCUGGACGAGAAGAAGCAGAAGCUCGGCGGGACGCUGUGCGCCGUGGCGGAGGUGUACAUGACGGACCUGUCGUGGGAGGCGGACGCGGAGCAGAGGUGCGAGGCGCUCGUCACCGAGGCCGGCUUGGUCGCGCCCGACUCGGCGGAGACGUGGCAGACGGUGGCCAACGUGCGGAUAUCGCAGGAGAAAAUUGACGAGGCGAAAGCGGCGCUGGCGAGGAGUCUGGAGCUGUGGGUCGACUUGCCACCGCUGGAUCCCAACGUGCCGGCGUUCCCUACGCGCAUCAGCCUGGUGCGGCUGCUGCUCGAGGUGGAGAUGGAGCAGGAGGCGAUUGAGGUCCUUGAGAGGCUCGUCGGCGACGACGACGAGAGCGUCGAGGCGUGGUAUCUCGGCGGGUGGGCUCUGUUUAUUGCCGGCGACAAGGUCAAGGCCAAGGGCGAGGCGGCGCAGCUGGGCGAGGACGAGGAGGACUGGAAGGUUACGUGGGAUACGGCACGGCGGUGGUUGAUGCGCUGCUUGAAGCUGUACGAGGCGCAAGAGUACGAGGAUGAGAGGCUGGGCGAGCACGCCAAGGAGCUGUUUGCUUCUAUCAACAAGGAGCUUGGCGAGCCCCCGGCCGGCGCAGAGGAUGAGGAGUAUGACGAUGGAUGGGAAGAUGCUGGUAGUGACGGUGACGAGGCGAUGGAAGAGUAAAUGACAUGGCAUGGUUGGCACUUCAUAUAAGACAACGUUGAUGAUAAACGUUAUGACCACUGGGAAGUUUCCCUUCGUCAACUGGGAUUUGGGAGUUUGGAGUUUGGUACUGGGAAAAAGUUGUCAAAAGUCAUGAGGUUCCUCUUUCUCCG